AUGAUACAAGCAAGAACACACCACUUUACGCAUGGUUACAUAGCAAGUGUGAGAAUACCAAAAUAUCCUUCAGAAAUUGAAGUAUGAUGUAGCUCCACACUUGUUUUCACCACCUCCCUGAACUAUUUUGUUUUUUCUUUCUUUUGUCCCCCACCCCCUCUAUUUCUUUCUCUAUUUGUUAUUCUUUAAUCUCAAAAUAGAAACGAAGAUAAACUCAGACACCAAUAAAUACCAUUAAACCCUACCCUAUUUUCCUCUUCUCUGUCUCCCUCAUUGCUCUUCAAACUCUAGCAACCCUAGCUCUUUGACCCAGAUCACACAUCUGUUUCACAAGUAACCCUAGCUAGAUUCGCUAAUAGGUCUCCAUCAUCAGAUCACUAGCACAACAAAAAGUAGAAGAACCCUUCCAUGACCCAUUGCUUCAAAAUCAAUCAUCCAAGUUAUAAUUAACCACCUAAAAAAAAGCUGGAUCGAAGGCAUGGAAAGCGCCCACUUCCUUCAGAAACACAAGAGGAUCAAAAGGAGGAAGAGCAUGCCUUCUUUCCUGCUUAUGGAUCAGUUGUUGCUGACAAGGAUACAUCCACCAUGGUUUCCGGUCUCACCCGUAUCAUGGGUACCGGUCCAUCUCCGGUUACGUCGAGGCCGGCACCGGCUGUCUCAGAGUCUGCCAUGAACCAUGAGCCUGAACAACCAUCACAAAUGAUGCCAGAUCAAGGAAAUUUAGGGAAAAGACAUUACAGAGGAGUGAGACAAAGGCCAUGGGGCAAAUGGGCAGCGGAAAUCCGUGACCCCAAGAAAGCAGCUCGAGUUUGGCUCGGGACAUUCGACACAGCUGAGAAUGCAGCCCUUGCAUACGAUGACGCUGCUCUCAAGUUCAAAGGAACCAAGGCCAAGCUCAAUUUCCCUGAAAGAGUUCAAGGGAACACCACAUUUGGCUACUUUUCGAGCCCCGUGAAUCGUGGAGAUUCAACCACCUCUUCUACGCGCCAAAUUCCUGCACCAGCUGCUGUUGCUCCUCCUCCAAUAUUGUCACCAAACGCGUACCCGGACCUUUAUCAAUAUGCACAAAUUCUUUCGAGUAAUGAUGCCAACUUCCAUGAUAUCACUUCUGCUCUCUAUAAUCAAGAAGUUUUUCGCUCACAAUCUUCUUCAGAAGUAUUGUCGGACUUGCACCAACAACAGCAGCAGCAGCAACAACAGGAAGAAGAUGAGCUUCAGAGUCUCUCAUCACAAUUUGAAAGCUCGUCUACUUAUGAUCGUUCGGAGCCUACGAAGAAGUUUGAUACGAGAAAACGAGGUAAAUAGUAUCUUCAACAUUUUGUAUGGAGAAGAAAGAGAUCUAUAGAGCAUGAAGAGCUUUUAGAAUGCCUCUGCAUGCAGCACAUGCCAGCAUGAAGAGCUUCGGAGGUUUUUGGUCACAUUGAGUCAUUGCGAUUGGAUCGAGGGUUGGGAAAAAUUAAUAUGCAAGUUAAUUAAUUAGGUCAUUGUAACGUUUUGGUUGGUUAUCUUUUUCAAGUAUUGAUUGGGUAGUGAGUGUUUGGGCUUUCAUUUCAAUUCCUAAGGCCAUGUUUGGACAUCCCAUGGUAAAAUGUACCAGUUCAUGUUUUUUACUGAGAAUUUUGGUAUGAAUCCCAUGACCUUUUUUAUA